AACGACUCUGGCUUCCUCCUCCACCUGCGCCCCCUUCAGAAGCCUACACUAAAGUAUCGCCAUUUGGUGCUCACCCGAGCAACAAUGGCGGACGUCGACCGUUGGGUGCCAACCCUGACCCCGGCCAACGCCGCAGGCCUCCGCCGCCUCUCGGCCCGCGCCGCCGCCAGCCCCCGCGCCUCCUCCUCCUUCCGCCGCCUCGGCCUCCUCUCCCUCCGCCCCCUCGCCGAGGCCGUCCUCUCCCACCUCCGCGCCGCUUCCGUCACCUUCCGCCCCGGCCUCUCCGAGCCGGAGCUCGCCCGGCUCGAGGCCGACCUCGCCUUCUCCUUCCCGCCCGACCUCCGUGCCCUCCUCGCCCUCGCUCUUCCCUCCGGCCCUGGCUUUCCGGACUGGCGCGCCCCCCGACCCACCCUCCUCCUGCGCCUCCCCCUAGCCGCUGCCGCCGUCCAGGUCGCCCGCGGUGCCCUCUGGCCCCGCUCCUGGGGCCACCGGCCAGCCGACGCCGCUCGCGCCCUUCGCCGCGCCCGUGCCGCUCUCCGCCACGCCCCGCUCCUCCUUCCCCUCUUCGGCCGCUGCUACCUCCCCUGCUCCCCGUCCCUCGCCGGGAACCCUGUUUUCUAUGUCGACGACGCCCGCGUUUUCUGCUGUGCCCUCGACCUUACCGACUUCUUCCAGCGCCACUCAGCCGUUCUCGGGCACCCGGAGCCCUCCUCGCCCCUCCGGAGUCUGGACGCCGCCUCCGCCGCCGGCAUGAGCCCUCGCUGGAUCGAAUUCUGGAGCGACGCUGCCUCCGACCACCGCCGCCGUAGCUCUUCUUCUUCGUCGUCGUCGUCCUCCUCCUCGUUCUCUUCCUCUGCUUCGGAGACAGCUUCCACGUCCUCGUCAUCGCCUCCGCCGGAUCCGAAGCGGUUCGUGGAGAUCCGGUCACCGAGGUUGCCGGACUGGGUCGGAAGCUACCUGGACCGCGUCGGAUCAGUCCUGAGGCAAGGUGGGUGGGGCGAAUCGGAAGUCAGGGAGAUGGUCCACGUUCCGGCAUCGCGGGUCUUCGCCGGCGGCGACGAGCUUGCCGCAACGGCCGAACUGGUCGACGCAGAUGCGGUGCUGGACGCGCUGCUUGUGAAGGCGGAUAGGUGCUCCGACUCGCUCCGCCGGGCUGGCUGGACCACCGACGAGGUCUCCGACGCGCUGGGGCUAGAUCUCCGGCGGCGGCGUGGGAAGGACCACCGCCCACCAGUGAAACUACCCCCAGGGAUCGCCCUUAAGCUCGCGAAGCUCGCGGAGGCGGUGGCCCGAUCCUGAGUGGCGGUGUCCAGAUACAAAAGCGCGUCUGCUUCUUUUCUUUUUGUUCUGUUUCUCGAGUGGCUUUUGCAACGUUCAAUUUAGUAUAAAGUUCGGGAGGGCGAUAUACAAGAGAGUGAAAGGGGGUAUAGCGUACUCAAUAUACAUAUGUCAGCUGUGUAUGUGAUCGUAAGUGGACAAUAAAAUGUUUCACGUUACGGAGUA